AUGACGACCACGACGAGCAUCUCAACGGAAAUCCAGGAACACACACCACAUCAACUGAAACCCGAACGACCACGACGAGCAACUCAACGGGGAAUCCAGGAACGACCACGACGAGCAUCUCAACGGGGAAUCCAGGAACGACCACGACGAGCAUCUCAACGGGGAAUCCAGGGACGACCACGACCAACGAAUCCAGGAACAACCACGACGACAACAACUGAAACCCCAACACACACGCAUCUCAACGGGGAAUCCAGGAACGACCACGACGAAUCUCAACGGGGAAUCCAGGAACCACCACGACCACAUCAACUGAAACCCCUGGAACGACCACGACGAGCACCUCAACGGGGAAUCCAGGAACGACCACGACGAGCAUCUCAACGGAACGACCACGACGAGCAUCUCAACGGGGAAUCCAGGAACGACCACGACGAAAUCAACGAACCCGAACGACCACGACGAGCAUUGGACACUCAACGGGGAAUCCAGGAACGACCACGACGAGCAUCUCAACGGGGAAUCCAGGAACGACCACGACGACCACAUCAACUGAAACCCUGGAACGACCACGACGAGCAUCUCAACGGGGAAUCCAGGAACACCAACGACACUCAACAACUUCAACGGGGAAUUCUGGAACGACCACGACGAGCAACUCAACGGGGAAUCCAGGAACGACCACGACGAGCAUCUCAACGGGGAAAAUCCAGGAGACCAGACGACCACAUCAACUGA